UCAUCCACGGAAACAGAGAUCGCAUCGCAAGAGAAGACGACGAAGACCAAUGGGUUCGUGCGUCUCCCGCUCCGGGGCGGUGUCAGCGGGGGUGGCGGAGUCCGUCCACGCGCUCACGGCCAAGGUCGUGGGCCUCGACGGCUCCAUGGCGCAGUUCGCGGCGCCCGUCACGGCGCACGAGGCCCUGGCCGCCACCGCCUCCGGCACAGCGUCAUCGCCGCCACGCUUCCUCUGCUGCUCCGACGAGCUGGACUUCGACGCGCCCGCCCGCGCGCUCGGCGCGCGUGACGCGCUCCGGCCGGGCCAGCUCUACUUCGCGCUGCCGGCCUCCAUGCUCCAACGGCCGCUGUCCGCCCAGGACAUGGCCGCGCUCGCCGUCAAGGCCAGCGCGGCUCUGGGGACGGCGCCCGUCGUUGCCACCGCGGACGCCGGCGCCCCCGGCGUUCCGCCGUCGCUGGAGAGAAGCAAGCCCGGUGCGGCCACUGCCAGCAACAAGCGGCAGCAGCAGCGACGGCAGACUUCGGGACGACGAGUCGCGCCGCUCGUCGUCGUGAGCGCGCACGCGGACGAGGGUGACGCUGAGUGGAAGAGCGACCAUGUGCACGGGCAUGGCGGAUACGGCGACGCGCGCAAGGCGGAGUCCGGCGACCGAACCGUGGGGAAGGCGAGGCAGGGAGUCGUCGGUAACAGAGGUGUCGCUCGCCGUCCUGCCGCCGUGCAGAGAUUAAGCGCGAUCGAGGAAGCAGCUAGCGAAUGAUCCGUUGAUCGGUAGUAGUACUAGUCUGAUCGUGGGUUAGCCAGUGAAUAGUUCAGAUGGUCCCACAUUCCAUUUGCGAGGAGACCUUGUGUACAGCAGCAUGUACAGUACAAUUUUGAUUCUUUGUUACGUUAUUAUGUUCGUUUGGAGCUCUCCUGAAUAAAAUUUGUGAUUGAUCGAUGAAAAUUA